AUGGUCGAAGACAGAGGACCGGCCACUUCGGCCGUUACUAUUAUCAUGACUGUUCUGGCCACUGUCUUCAUCGCCGCUCGCUUUUACACGCGAAUUUGGCUGGUCAAGUCGAUCAAACAGGACGAUUGGUGGAUUCUGGCGGCCUGGGUUCUCGCUGUCGGGUUUUCUGCUUCAAUAUGCAUCGCGGUCAAGUACGGUCUAGGCAAGCACAAAGCUGCCAUAGCAGACGGUUCAUUUGUCCUCUUGCGCAAAGCCGAAUACACGUUUUCCAUCCUCUACAAUCCGGCCCUCAUGCUGACCAAGACGUCCAUCAUUGUCUUCUACCUCUCGGUCAUGAGCAAGGACGUCGACCCGGUCUUCAAGUGGUGCAAUUGGCUGACGCUCGCCCUGGUCAACCUGGUGGGAGCCUCACUUACAUUUUACAACAUCUUCCAAUGCCGACCGGUGGCGGCUGGCUAUCAAUAUCCGACCCCGAGUCAUGCAAAAUGCACGGAUAUUCUCACCUUGUAUCUGUCAUCAGCUCCAGUCAACAUCAUCACAGACAUUGCGGUUCUGUUUCUUCCGAUGCCAAUCCUAACCGGGUUGAGGUUGCCUCGCAAGCAAAAGAUCAUAUUGGUCAUCACCUUCAGCUUUGGUGGGUUUGCUGCAGUGGUUGACGUGGUUCGCAUUGCAUAUUUACAGAACGCCGCUCUAAACCGCUUGAAAGUAGUCAAAGGAGACGGUGGGGUCAACACUCGAGUUGUCGAGCAGAAUGACUUUUCGUGGUACGCAAGUCUGAGUUUCAUGUGGUCGGCUGUUGAGGUUUGCAUUGGCAUCAUCUGCGCCUGUGUCCCGAGCCUGAAACCACUCUUCUUGCGGUUCUUGCCGAGCUUCAUCCGAGACGUGGGAGACGACAUCUCACAACGCGAGAGCAUCGACCGUGAAGCGCCAGCUAAGUCUAGUGGAAGCAUUCCUUUGAGGAGCAUUUCCCUGGUCACCAACCCAGCCGCAUUCAAGAAGCCGAGUGUCAAGGAGUAUUCUGGAGAGGACGACGGCGAUCAAAUGGGAUUUCUAAACAUCCUUGCUGCUCCUCCAGGGAAGGACGAAGGUCUGUCGCUUGCGAGGACGUCGAUCAGGCUCACGAGGAGGGAUACCAACAGACCCACCAGUUCAGACUUCGGCUUUGUUAACAUGUCCAGAAGCAAGAACAUGCUUAGGCUGUCAAAUCUACAGAGUGUCUGGCCGGUUGUCGUGGUGACUUCAAUCUUCUUCUUGUGGGGAUUUGCCUAUGGCCUUCUGGACACUUUGAACUCGAGAUUCCAAAUGGUGGUUGGCCUUUCCACUGGCGAAACUUUGGGUCUGCAUGCUGCGUAUUAUGCGGGCUACCUUGUGGGACCUUUGACCUUGGGUCUCUUCAUCAUCAGACGAUAUGGGUUCAAGGCGGUGAUGAUCUCUGGGCUCUGCGUCUACGGCUGUGGGACACUGGUCUUUUGGCCAUCGGCAGUACUCGCAUCGUAUGGAGCUUUCAUUGUCUCGAAUUUCCUCGUCGGGCUCGGAUUGUCGUGUCUGGAAGUCGCUGCUAACCCUUAUAUCGCCCUGUGUGGCCCUUUGGAAUAUGCGGAGGUACGACUCAAUGUAUCGCAAGCCUUCCAGGCGAUCGGCACCGUUUGCUCUCCGUUACUGGCGACCAAGGUCUUGUUCAAGAACGUGUUGGAUGCCCCUUCACUUGUGAGUGUGCAGUGGACGUACUUGGGAAUCGCUAUAUUUGUCUUCGCUCUGGCCGUUGUGUUCUACUACAUUCCACUUCCGGAGGCCACAGAUGAACAACUGGAAGAAAUGGCAGACGGGCGAAGUGCGGCUUAUCGCGCCACCGUCGGUCCGUGGAAGGUGGUCUAUGUGACCCUAGGCCUGGGCGUUUUCAGUCAGUGGUGUUAUGUCGGGUUACAAGAGUGUGUUGGGAGCAACCUACAGCCACUGAUCAGCCUGCUAAUGCCCGGCUCGGCGCUUCAGCCUUUCGAUUUCUUGACCGUGGCCCAUACCGUCUUCAGCGCUGGUCGUUUUCUGACAGCAUUGCUCAACUAUCUCUUCAAACCCAGAUGGGUGUUGCUAGUGCUUUUUGGAGGUCUUACUGCGUGUCUGGCGCUGAACAUGCAUCUGGAUGGAGACGCCGGGGCAGCGUUGGGGGUCCUCGCCUUUUUGUUUGAAGCUGGUAUCUUCAGUAACAUCUUUGCCAUCGGCAUGCGUGGACUCGGGGCGCAUACUAAACUCGGAGCUGCCCUGAUGACAGCGGCGGUCUCUGGAGGUGCAGUGUUCCCACCCAUCCAAUGGGCAGUGUUGAAGGGCCAUGGCAUACGAUAUUCGUACUGUGUGCCUUUGGCGGCUGCUGUCUUUGGCAUGCUUUUCCCGAUAUACCUGACCCUCAGCCCCGAGGCUAGGACUCAGGUCGAACCGGUCCAUGAGAAACACACGCGUCAACACAGGCGGAGGGUGAUGCAGCACGGAAGGCCACCCGGAUGCCACGAGGAAUCCUUGCAGCACGCUGAGCUGGGAGCGACAACGGGAAGGCGCAAGAAGAAACAGCAGGCGGAGACACCAUCGGUCCAGCACGUGGAACGACGAGCAGGCGGUCGGAAUGGCACGCCAACAUCGCCCGUCUUUACGAUGGACUUUACCGACGAGAAGGACGAAAAGGACGAGAUCAUCAAGCCAGGCCCCGUCCGGAUUGCGGCUCGCAAAGGUUUUGUCGCUGAGCUUGCUUCCUGGCCUGGCAAUGCGGUAUCCGAAGGCAGGGCUAGUAGUCGCGAUCGCAAUAGCAGCAAGGAGAGUGAACGGCACACAAUGGCUAAUGCCCACGGCUGUCACCCGAAGGACGACCCGGACCGGAUUACUCGAUACCAGCCUUCUUGGGUAGAAAUGGAAGAUGAAGAGACUGAUGACUAUCAUGCCAUGGUGAGGAAGAUAUGA